AUGCCGUAUGCUGCUCCAGCCGACGCCCCGACUCGACUCGACUCGGCUCGAUACCCUCAGCAGCCGCAGCCGGAGCCGCAGCCGGGUCCCCGUCGCGCGCACGUGACCGCGCUCGACGCAUCCUCCCCGCAUCCUCCCCGCAUCCCCCUCCUCGCAUUUCAAGCGGGCCCCGCGUAUAUAUUUACUUAUGCACGCACGUACAUGAGUUUUUACGGCACGCGACACAGCCGACUCGUAGUUGUCGCCAGAGCUGACGUCUGCCUGUCAAUCCACUGCGUACAACGCACCGCGUGCUCGCUCAUCGGUCCAUUGGCUGGAGCGCCUCGACUCUCGGGCGAGCGUGAGCGUGAAUUAUAUUAUGUUGGCGGCGCCAUGGGGACUGCUUACUAGCGCCCACGCGUGUGUCUAUGGCUACAAGAAAAAGGCGUGCGGCGUGUGGAGAGGGCGAAUGACAACGAUGUAGGACGGUGAUGACGGCGAGGGGGGGCGGGGACGGCGACAGCGGGCGAAAAGAUGGGAGAGACGACACGCCUUCGCGGAGCACGAUACAAGCACCAGCGCAAGAAAGAAAGAGAGAGAGAGAGGAAGAAAAGAAAAGAAAAGAUUUCAUGUCCGCAGCCCCUGCACGAUCGGAACAUCUACUGGCACCAUCUCCAUAUCCUCGUCCUCGUCCUCCUCGCUGACCUCCGCACCCUCCACACCCUCCACCCCACCUCCGUCCCCACCACCACCACCUCCGCCCCCGUCCUCGUGCCCGUCCGCAUCGACGUCCGUAUCCGCAUCCGCCUCGCCAUCCACGUCCAUCCCCCCGCCCCGCAGGUCCUCCUCCAGCGUGUCCUCCGCGAUCUCCGCCAGCUGCGCAGCCAGCAGCGCCAACUGCGCCUGCAGCGCCGCGCGGUCCUCGUUCGUCAGCGUUGUCGGCACCGGCACCGUUUGCGACUGCGACUGCACGGUCGACAGCGGAGGCGCCGGGGCCACAGACGCGGGCGGCCAUCCACCCAGCACGUCCACCCCGCUCGCAAUGACCGGCGGCGGAGCGCCCGCCGCGGCGAUCGACGACGACGUCGCGUUU